AUGGAAAGACUUCAAAUGCUUCGUCAGCAUUUAAGCUCGAACGUAUUGCAUGAAGACUUUCCUCGUACCAGAAUUUUUACUUUAAACAGGCCUGAAAGAUUGAACUCCUUAAAUUAUGAAAUGAUUCAAACAAUCUCUGAUCUAAUUAAUACAGCAAGAAACAAAAAUUUUGUGUUUCAAAGCUGCACUCCUAAAGCUUUUUCAGCAGGAGGAGAUAUCUUGCUUCCCCUCUUUAAAUUGAAAAACAACUUUAAUUAAAAGAGUGCCUAAUUUUUCUUAAAAAAUAAUAUGGAAUUUUUUGGUAAGGCUACAUUAAUUGAUUACAAUAUUAAAUAUAAAUACAUAACAUUUUUUUACACGCCUUUUAAAAAAGUGCAAGCUAUAGCAAAUUUUGGGCAUCAAAACUAUUUGCGUAGAAAUUAUUGUUUUCAACUAUAAAAAAUUUUUAUUGAAAUUUAAAUUUUUUUUUCCAACUGAAAGGAAUUAAUUUGUUCUAGUUAAAGGGGGAUUUAGCUAUCUUUGAAAAUCCUUUAAUUAUUUUGGAGUUUUAUAGGGCAGAACUUUCCACCAUAUAUCAAGUUUAUAAGCAGCCUACUGAAACUCUGGCCAUUUUGAGAGGAUUAUGUAUAGGUGCUGGUAAUGGGAUAGCUAUGGCUUGUAAAUAUAGAGUAUGCACAGAAACUACUCGAUUUUCAAUGCCAGAAAGCGCAGUUGGUCUCGUUCCUGAUGCUGGAGCGUCUUAUUUUUUCUCGCAUUUAUCUAAUAAAUCAUUAGGACUGUACAUAAUGCUAUAGGAAAUUCCCGAUGAUGGCACUCAAUGUGCCAUCAUCGGGCACCUACAGUAAAGGGUCCACACUGGAAAUGGGUUCCACGUGUGGAGCCCUUUUUGAAACGUGGAGAAUCCUCACUUUCACGUGCCAAAAAGGGCUCCACAGGUGGAACCCAUUUUCAGUGUGGGGCCUGAACUUUAGUUGCCCGAUGAUGGCGCAUUGAGCGCCAUUAUCGGGCAACUUGUAUAACAGGAAAAGCUCUAGAUGGGAUCGAUUUAUAUUGAGCAGGUCUUUCAACACACUAUAUUCCAGAAGCUCAAAUCCCUAUAGUUUUAGAAGAAAUUAAAUCUUCAAGCAGCCUCCAUGAAGUUUUAGACAAAUAUCAUCAACCUCCUCUACAAGAAAAAUCCAAGCUUCUAAUGCAUUUAACAGAAAUAGAAGACAUUUUUACUGAUAUAACAACCAUUGAUGAUUUAUUUCUAAAUUUAUCUAUAAAUUCUACACCAUUUAAGAAUGAAACUAAGCUAAUAUUAGCCAAACUUUGCCCACUUUCACUAAAACUUGCACUAAAAACCUUUAAGUUAGGAUUAAGCAGAAAUUUAAAAGAGGUACUUGAGCAAGAUUACAGUUUUGGGGUUCAACUGGGCUAUAGAAGAAGCUAUAAUUUUAUGACGGCUGUUACAAAGAAACUAGUAGAAAAGGUCAAAGAAGAUAUUAAAUGGUAUCCAGAAGAUAUCAAAGAAGUCACAGAAGAAAUGGUCAACACAAUCAUUACAAACCCAGAAGGCCCAUUUUUGCAGCUUGAAUCAUAG